AUUGAUUAUCUCUUAUCGCUGCUUACACGGCAGUGAGGCUUUUUCCGCGCCCAACCUGGAUCUGAAUUCAAUAAUGGUCCGAGUCGGGAGCUGGCACACACCGGAAAGGCUUCCUUUCGGGAUUGCUUUCGUGGUGUUGUCUGGUCGAACCACCAACGAUCAUCAAUUUCUGCACUUGCAGAUUAGCAAAGAAGCACCUCAGGACUCUGGAACCCCCUAUAUCGAUUCUUUGUAACGCUGGCUGCACAAAUAGGGGCAAAAGCUUCACCAUCCAUGUCGGAAACACUGUGGUAUUCCCAAUUCCCGACGCCUUCCUACGAUGCACGUCGCGUCGAGCCCGAGUACUUAAUCAGUCUUAUGAGGGACACGAGCUUAACUCCUGGCGUAGACUACGUCGUUGUCGAUACGAGAAGACAAGACUUUCAAUCCUACGCGAUCUUGAACGCUAUUAAUCUGCCAGCGCAUUCAUUCUAUCCCACCCUUCAAACAACGACAACCGUUCUGUCUCGCAUUCCGAAAGUUAUAUUCCACUGCAAUUCGUGUGGCGCUAUAUCUCGUGGUUCCCGGGUUGCGGGAUGGUACAAGGAUGAGCUUAAGCGGCGGGACAUAUCGCCUGAAGUUAGCGAGGCAUUAAUCUUGGAAGGUGGAAUCAAGGGGUUCGAAAAUAAGUAUGGCAAAGAAGGCCUACUCGUCAAGUUCGACUCAUUGUAGUCACAAUUGCCGCAGAAUCCCUAUAUUUGACCAGUUGUUCGCAAUCUCUCGUCAAGUCUAUUUGUUCACGGCCUAAUGAGGGGCUCAGAGGCGCCGGUUGACUCUAAAGAUCAUGUUCGACGUAAAUACAUGUAAAUACAUGCGUUGAGGUCGUUCCAACAAUUUUCAUGCCUGUUGUAUAGGGA